AUGAGCUUGCAGAAAUCGGCCCUGCCUAUCAACCUCAAGACCAACAACAACGUUGCUGCACAGGAUGCUCAGCGCAAAGUGUCUCUCAACGUCGAUCCCUUUGCCGCACCGGACGUCUAUUAUGGCGCCAGUCACGGCCCUAGAAAGGUCGCCAAGAGCCGGACAAUGUCGGCGGUGAGUCUGCACCGUCCCCAUGCACAACGGGCCGUGAGACAAUUCGGCAGACGUACCAGCCACGAUGUGCAGGGUAAUGCCCCGCGCCGCUACCUAAUCAAUGUUGAGGACACUUUGAAAACGCUCCUCGCCAGCGAGGACACGGAUCACAACAUUCAGAUCACGAUUGAGGACCAUGGCCCGAAGACGAUCCCACUCGGCACUGCUGCAUCCGGUGGUUACCGUACCUUUGACAUUCGCGGCACUUACAUGCUCAGCAACCUGCUGCAGGAGCUGACGUUGGCGAAGAAGUACGGUCGUAAGCAGAUCGUACUGGAUGAAGCGCGACUCAACGAGAAUCCGGUGAACCGGCUCGCACGCCUUAUCAAAGACCAGUUUUGGCCGAACCUGACGCGGAGGAUUGAUGGCUCGAACAUCGCUGCCGUAGCCAAAGACCCGAAGGACUGGACAGCCAAUCCGCACCCGCGCAUGUAUAUCCCGCGAGGGGCACCGGAGCAGUUUGAGUACUACACCCGUAUCUCGCAAGAGCAUCCGGAAAUGAACCUCGAGGUGAUUUACCUAAAGGAGAAUCCGACUGAUGAGGACUAUGUCCGCGAUCUGAACGAGGCUCCAGGCCUUCUUGCUGUUGCUAUGGAACGCGUUGAGGACACCCCAACCGGGAAGCCUGAUUAUCGUGGUCUGCCGUUUGUAGUACCUGGGGGCCGCUUCAACGAGCUUUACGGAUGGGACAGCUACAUGGAGACUCUGGGUCUUCUUGUCAAUGACCGCGAAGAUCUAUGUGAAUCCAUGGUAAAACAUUUCUGCUUCUGCAUCCGCCACUACGGCAAGAUCCUCAAUGCCAACCGCACCUAUUACCUCUGCCGAUCACAGCCGCCAUUCUUAACCGAUAUGGCUCUGCGCGUCUAUGACCGCAUCAAGCACAAGUCCAGCAGCAUGGAGUUCCUCAAGCAGGCGAUACUCGCCGCCAUCAAGGACUACUACUGCACCUGGAUGUCCAAGCCGCGCUACGAUCCAGAGUCCGGCCUCUCGCGAUACGUAGCCGGCGGAAUUGGUGUCCCGCCGGAAACCGAAGCUUCUCACUUUGUUCAUAUUCUGACACCGUAUGCUGAAAAGCACAAGAUGAGCUUCGACGAAUUUGUCAAAGCCUACAACUACGGCCACGUGUACGAGCCGGAGCUGGACGAAUACUUCCUGCACGACCGUGCUGUACGUGAGUCGGGCCAUGACACUUCAUACCGUCUCGAGAAGGUCGCCGCCCACCUUGCCACAGUCGACUUGAACUCCUGCAUUUACAAGAUGGAAGUCGACAUUGCGCGCACCAUCCGCGCCUUCUUCGGCGAUAAGCUGCAAAUUCCGAAGGAGUGGCAAGUGCCUGGCCAGGCUACCGUAGAGACGUCGAGUACCUGGGACCGGCGUGCCAAAAAGCGACGCCAGAUUAUGGACAAGCUGAUGUGGGAUGAGGACAAGGGCAUGUUCUUCGACUACAACACUGUGAAGAAAGAGCAUACUGGCUACGAAUCUGCGACCACCUUCUGGGCCAUGUGGGCCGGCGCCGCCACGCCCCGCCAAGCCUCGAUCAUGGUAGAGCGCGCUCUGCCUCGCUUCGAGGUUCACGGUGGUCUGGUCUCCGGUACUGAAGAGUCUCGUGGACCUGUUGGCAUCUCCCGACCCAACCGUCAGUGGGAUUAUCCUUUCGGCUGGGCCCCGCAGCAGAUCCUGGCCUGGACAGGCCUCUUACGGUACGGUUUCGAGGACGACGCGCAGCGUCUGGCUUACCGGUGGAUCUACAUGGUGACCAAAGCGUUUGUCGACUUUAACGGGGUGGUGGUGGAGAAGUACGAUGUCACGCAGCAGAUCUCUCCCCACAAGGUCGAGGCGGAGUAUGGGAAUCAGGGCAGCGAUUUCAAGGGCGUGGCUACUGAAGGGUUCGGCUGGGUCAAUGCUUCAUACGUCUACGGCCUACAGAUCGUCAAUGCGCACAUGAAGCGCGCCCUCGGCGCCGUCACGACUUGGGAUACGUUCAAGAAGGCCAUGGAAGGCGGUCACACGGAUGAUGCUGACAUUGAAGAAGAGCACCAGCCAGCCAAGCUGCAUGUGGCGCCUCACGUGCAUGCUGCGGCGGGUAUGCCGUUACCGCACAGUCAAGAGGAUACGGAAGCACACCAGAAGAAGCAUAAUGCUGAAGCAAACGGAAAGCCUGUCGGUUCUUAAGACGCGGUACACGUGGGAUGUGUUCUUGGUUCGGGGACCUAAGUUUGUUGGCGAGGUGUUCCGGUUGUGGUGACUACACAAGCGAUGUUCUCUCGCGAGACGUCCUAGGCUGCAUGCAGGGCGUUGAAGUGUAACUAGAGGGGAUCGAUCAUUUAGCGCUGGCAACCGUGGCUGCUUUAUGCAUACAUGUAGGUGAAUCCGUAGCCCUGAGUGAGCCAAGGGUAGCCGUUGCAACAUGUAUUCAGAACAGUUAACCUACAAGCC